GUCAAUUGUCGUGCUAUCGAUAAAUUUAUUAUCAAUCAACGGCUCAUUAGAGAAAGACAACUUAACAUCUCUUUUCAUACUCAACGCCGAUGUGAAGGCUUGAUUCAAAUAAUAAUAAUAUUAUUAUUGGGCAACCACAUUAGAAAAAAUGGCAUCUACCUCAGCCUCCUUACAGCGCAUACGCGCCCCUGUCCAGCGCGCAAUGGCAAAAACAUCUCUCAGAGCAUCCCGAUCUUACGCCACCGUCCCAUCCGGCCCAGCUGCUACCUCUUCCACAGACAGUCCAACCCGCAGACCAACCUACUUCAAAGACACUACGAUAGCAUCCUUCGAUGACUUUGUUUCCACAACUUCACAGGCCGCAGCGCCACUAGCACCCACCGAAGCCUACCAGCUACGCACCGCCGAGGUCGGCCCCGCGUCGAAUCGGCGAACCAUCACCCGGCUGCCCGAAUGGCUCAAGACCCCCAUACCCGCCGGCAACGAGAACUACAAGAAGAUUAAGGCGGACCUGCGCGGCCUUGGCCUGCACACGGUGUGCGAGGAGGCCCGGUGCCCCAACAUCUCGGAGUGCUGGGGCGGCAGCAACAAGAACGAGGCCACGGCCACCAUCAUGCUGAUGGGCGACACCUGCACGCGCGGCUGCCGCUUCUGCAGCGUCAAGACCAACCGCAAGCCCCCACCCCUCGACCCCCACGAGCCCGAGCACACGGCCGAGGCCCUCGCCCGCUGGGGCCUGGGCUACGUCGUCCUGACGAGCGUCGACCGCGACGACAUGGCCGACGGCGGCGCCCACCACUUCGCCGAGACCAUCCGCAAGAUCAAGGCCAAGAAGCCUAGCCUCUUAGUCGAGGCCCUGACCGGCGACUUCCUCGGCAACCUCGACAUGGUGGGCGUCGUCGCCGACAGCGGCCUCGACGUGUACGCGCACAACAUCGAGACGGUCGAGGGCCUGACACCCUUUGUGCGCGACCGCCGCGCGACGUUCCGCCAGAGCCUCAACGUGCUCGGGCACGUGAAGCAGGUGCGGGGCCGCGAGAAUAUCAUCACCAAGACCAGCAUCAUGCUGGGCCUCGGCGAGCAGGAGCACGAGGUCAUGGACGCGCUGCGCGAGCUGCGCAAGGUCGACGUAGACGUCGUCACCUUCGGCCAGUACAUGCGCCCAACCAAGCGCCACCUCCAGGUCGAGAAGUACGUCACGCCCGAUGAGUUCGAGAUGUGGCGGCAGCGCGCGCUCGACAUGGGGUUCUUGUACGUCGCGAGCGGGCCGCUGGUGCGCAGUAGCUAUAAGGCGGGCGAGGCGUUCAUUGAGAAUGUGUUGAGGAAGAGGGCUGGUGGAGGGCCUGGGGGUGCUGGUGCCGGGACGACGAACGGGAAGAUUGGGGAGGCGGUUGCGAUGGAGGAGGCUGCGAAGGGGGAGGGGGCGUAAGGUUGUUGAGAGCGCGUGUAUCUAUAUAUAAAGGCACAGGACUUUACAUACUAGGAUGCUUCUAGGAUGCCUCUUGGUAACUUAGCUUACCUUACCUUACUACAUAACACAACACUUGACGGAUUUGCAAUGGACUCGGCGCACUAGACCUGGGGUCUUGGAAACUGAAAUAAAUAAUGGAUGGAGGUUUUUAGAAAUUAGAUGGGUUGGUAGAGGUAGGUAGGUAUGUAGAUACCUAGGUAGGGACGUAGGUGGGUACAUAAGUAGGAAAAGAGGGAGAUCGUGGACGGGGUCUUGUUCAACCAGACCCAGACUAUCACGACUUUUUAUCGGAUUGAAUGGAAGCAUUGGAAGUUGCAUGAUAUCAUUAUAUGGUAUACCUACCUACCUAACCUAUCUAUGUGUGUGUGUGCGUGUAUGUGAUCUUGGAUCUUUAGGUGCCUAGGUAGGUGGACAUAAGUUUUGUCUCUUAAGGCUGUUGGCCCAUUCGGCAAUAACAUACAGCAAAGCCAG